GGGGCGCGGGACAAGGGGGCUAGCGCGGGUGGGGGCCAGGACCAUGAGAGGAGGAUGAACCCUCAGCCAGAGCUGGGCUGGGGGGGAGAGAGCAGGGCUGGCUAUGCAGGGAUCUGCCUUGGGGAGCAGAGACUCCGGCAUUUGCAGCAGAGGCCGCGCAACAUCCGCUGUGCUGGGGAAGAUCGCUGCGUGCCGGGAAGGGAGCUCCCAAUUGCAGGGCCCCACCCGCCGCAUAUCCCCUCCCCGCCCGGCCAGCCCCAUCCUUUCCCCGCUCCCUCUCGUUAUCCCGCGCCUGGGCCCAGGCCCCUUUACACCCCCAGCCAACCUCCCAGCGCCGCUUUCUCCCCAGGUUAUAACUCAUCCUGCUGCAGUCCCUACCCACCCAGCUCUCCUGACCCCGACUUUCCUGGGGGGGGCCUGCCUCUCUCCUCCUCCGCCUACCCAGCUUGCCUUAUUGGACCCCGCUCCGGGGGUCGGGGAGUGGAUCGGUACCACGCCUGUAGCCAGGACCCCCCCAGCUGUAACUCUCUGGUGCUGCCAGAAGAUAGAGGGGACCUCUCUCAGGAUGUUUACGGUGACACGAAAACUUUUGAGUGGUUGAGAGUCAAAAGGAACCUUCCCAGAACAGUGAAAUCAGGAGACUGUGGCUUUGCUGGGGAGACAAACGCAGUCUCCCCCAGGACAAACUUCAGCACCAAGCAGCUGACCGAACUGGAGAAAGAAUUCCACUUCAACAAGUACCUGACCCGGGCCAGGCGGGUUGAGAUCGCCUGUGCCUUGCAGCUCAACGAAACCCAGGUGAAGAUCUGGUUCCAGAACCGCAGGAUGAAGCAGAAGAAGAGGGAGAGGGAGAGUUUCCCUGAGGGAUCAGCUGGCUGCAAUGGACCGGAGUCCUCCUCUGACAAAUCAGACAUCACCUCCCCAGCUACCUCUCCUAGCAGAAGUAACGAGGCUACCACGCCUCCAAUCUGACCGAGGCUCUUGCUUUGUUAGAACUUCUGUUCUGAUCUCGGACAGAGAAACAGAAGAGAGACUUUCCCAUCAGAAAAGUUCCACUCAGCCCCCUGCAUUCAUCUUGCUGGGGAAGAGAGAAGGGUGCAGUGCUCCUGGCAAACUUUGCAAUGGACUUGGGGAUGAAAGCACACACCAAAAACAUGUGCAGAGACUUCCAGACUCACCACCAUUACCACCACCAAUAGCACAGGUGCCAGCAGUGUGCUGUUAAAUCGGUGUCCUUCCAAUAGAUGCAGGUGGUAUAUUAAUAAAUGCUGUGCUAAAAAAAAAGCCACUUUCCCCUCAAAAUUCGUAGAGCAGAGGUGAAUAGAAAGGGUCAAAUAUUUUUUUCCAAAAACAUGAACUUUUUACAAAAAAUGCAGCCAACAAAAAGUUUUCACACACUCUUGAUUCUUUGUGAGUAGUUGUGACAUUUUUUCCACUAAAAGUUUCAAUUACAUUUUUAUUCACAGUACAGUUCUAGUUUUUCCACAAAAAGUUUCUACAACAUCUUUAGUCACAAAAAGAUUACUAAAAGAUUACUAAAUUUGUUAGUCUCUAAGGUGCCACAAGUACUCCUGUUCUUUUUAAAAAGAUUACAUUCAUUUUUUCCACAAAAAGGCUCAUUUUUCAUGGAAGGGUUUGAUGAACUUUUUUUGCUAGAAGUGUUGACAAAUUAUUUUCCCCCAACAGUUUUGACAUGUGCUUUAUUCACAAUAAGUUUUGAUGAAUUUUUUUUCCACAAAAAUUCUUGACAAAGUUGUUUUUGAUGAAUUUUUUUCACGAAAAGUUUCACCAUUUUUUCCCCACCAAAUAAUUCAAUGACAUGUUUUCCACAAAAAGUUCUGACAACAAUUUGGGGAAUCAUUUUCAUAUUUUAGCUCUAAUUCCAAAUGUUCCUAUUUCACUAGUUUUCUAGUUUUAGAAGGAGCUAGAGCCAUUAUCUCCUGGGAGUAAUUAUUUUAGAGAUAUGUAAUACAGUUACAUACCAUUUUGGUGAAAUUUCUAGGGAAAAUAAUGCUCUUCAGAAGUAUUUUUAAGACCAGGACAUUUUUCCUGAACUCAGCAUUCUGGCCACAGACAGCCAUUCUGGCCAAGGAUGGUUAUCACAUUUUCUUGAAUGCCAUCUCUCUAUUCUUGUGCCCACACAUCUAAACGAUACCCUAGUGGGUGAGUUAACCCUCCCUCUGAUGUGAUACAAAAGGGGCAGAAAGAGCCUCGUCUCAAGCCCAUUGAAGUCAAUGGAAAGAAUCUAGUGGUCUUUAAUGGACUUUGGAUCUAAUCCAUAUGGAACAAGUUAUAUGCAGUAUAAUCAGUGGGCUGACACAGAUAUUUGAUAAAGCAAAUAUGAUGUUUCCCCCAUUUUUUAAAUGUGCUUUCCUAGGCUAAAUGCACCUUCAGCACAAAUGGAGAGGAGAGGAAAUGUGAGUUCAAAAUCAGGCUUAGAAAUACAAGAGACAUGGUAAUUGUGCUAUAAAUAACCCCUUCAGUCAGUAAAAGCUUAGAAGUGUAUUAUUUAUUUUCACAUUUCCGAGGUUCUUCAUUAACAUUUAAAUCUCCUAACAGCUGGGAAGAAACGCACUCUUCAUAUUAAAAGUGGAUUUAAUUUAUAGCAAGGAGUAGUUGAGUGAAAGCAACAAAGAAAAUGCAAAAAUCAGGGGGGUUGUCACAGAACUUUGACAGGACAGUGGUGAUGGGAUGGAGAGACGGGAAUAGUUGCCUUUUAAAACCUUAAUAAAGGAUUAAAUGGAGGCCAACAUUUUAUCAAGAACAAUCAAUAAUAAGUGUUAUAAUAACCCUAGGUAACGUUACAGCCACUUAUGCUGAGACACAGUUUGCACACAGUGCCUCACUUUGGAGAAAUAAUUGGUUCAUUUUAAUCACCGUGUUUUAUUAAUUAUUAUUAGUAUUAUUAUUAUUGAUGUUUUACUAUCCAAACAUAUUUGAGAAAUGCCUUUUGUGCAUGGAGAAUACUGGUUUAUUUUCACUCGGAUCAUAUAUUACAAGAGGUUAACCCAAUGAAAGGACUUAGGUGGCUUAAAAGUACAUUUGAUUAAAAAAUAUACACAGCAUUCUUCUUCAACAGCCACUGGAUUUAUACCAAAUGGUCUGCUAACCAAACUUUCCCUCGGUCUUCCUUGCCACUCAUCACUGAAAGGAUUAAUGGGGUGGUGGUGGGGUUUCAACACCUCUUAAUAAUACACUCAUCAGUGGAAUUUCAGGCAGGACAAUCCCCAGAAACUGUUGCCUUUUUAAUCUGAUCUUUAAAUUUGCAGUUCACUCCAUUUUGCUGGCAAAAAAAGAAAACACACAUGAAACAAUAGCUAGAAAACCAAAUAUGCUAAUUUGCCACCAACGCUAUUAUUUUGUCUUUCCCUGUUGCAAAAUUCUAAUCACACUUUGGAAAUGAGCUGUGAGUUGUUCACUAAAGUACUCAUGUUGAAUUAGGGUUGCUGCUGUGUUUUAAAUGAUUUUUCCUCACGCUGCUAUGUAACUAAAUUUUUAUCUUCUUGCCUGUUUAAAAAUUCUCCUAAUUUGUUAUCUUAAAUUACUCCAUUUGGAAAGAAAAGGUAAAUUCAGACAUUUUGGUGAAACCGCAAAAUGUCUAGAAUCAACACAGGAAAGAAAGAAAAAGUUUAAUUUAAAAUGUUUGGGGAUUGCAAGGUUUAGUUAUGACCGCAAUCUAAAACUGGCACAUCUUCCUUUAAACCAAAGAUGUAUAGUGAAUCCAGUUAAAUUCAUGGAACAUGAGACUUCUUUUGACACUGGGGAAUAUUUAAAGGCACGUGAAAAUGAAGGGAGCUAUUGCAAAAUGUCUACCUCUUAUUUGCCGGGACUAUCAGAACGUAUGCAGUGUUGUUGUAGCAGUGUUGGUCCCGGGUAUUAGAGAGACAAGGUGGGUGAAGUCGUAUCUUUUUUUGGAGCAACUUCUGUUGGUGAGAGAGACACAUUUUGAGCUACAGAGCUCUUCUUCAGGACUUCUGUAUAGCUUGAAAGCUUGUCUCUCUCGCCAGCAGAAGUUGGUCCAGUAAAAGAUAUUCCCUGACCCACCUUGUCCCUCAGGACUAUCGGAAGGAAGAUAUGGAUUUAUUUAUUGAUUUAUUUAUUUUCUUUCAAUAUGAAGUGGAACGUGUGUUGUGGUGGGAAGGGGAAAUAGACAUGUGAAAGGAUAACAUUAAAAAUUG